UUUCACAACUACUUCCAGAAUCCCCAAUUUUCACACACACAAAAUGGUGUCCAAAAUCAAGAACCCAAAAAGAUCUCCGGCGAAACACACCCGUCACCGCCGCAAGAAAACACCCGUCAAAUCCGCCACGAAAACCGCCUCGGUCGUAGUCUCGUCGAUUAACAAAUCGAUCUACACUUGUCACCGUCGUCUCGUUAAAAUCUUUUCAAAAAUCGUUAAAAUCGCAACUCCAAAGAGAAAAUCGUCUGCCAGAAAAGGCUACAAAGUAUUGAAAAGUUACCCAAUUGAUUUAAACGACGAAAAAGUUCGUCGAUCUUUGUUUCAAGAACCACUAAUUCCGCUUCCUCCAAUAAAAACCCAGAAUCAAAAAACCGUCUUUCUUGAUCUUGAUGAGACGUUGAUUCAUUCGGUACCUAUCACGAGCCUUAUUCGUCCAAGAAACUUUGAUUUCGUAGUGAAACCGUUGUUAGAUGGAGAAAGGGUGGAUUUUUAUGUACUAAAACGUCCUUUUGUUGACGAUUUUCUUGAAUUUUUAAGUCAAAAUGGUUAUGAAAUCGUGGUUUUUACCGCGGGGAUUCAAGAAUACGCGUCGUUGGUAUUAGAUAAAUUGGAUAAAAAGGGUUUGAUUUCGUAUAGAUUGUAUCGGGAUUCUUGUAAGGAAUAUGAUGGAAAGUUUGUUAAAGAUUUGUCGGGUUUAGGAAGGGAUUUGAAGAAUGCGGUUAUUGUUGAUGAUAACCCAAAUUCGUUUAGUUUGCAGCCGGAAAACGCUAUCCAAAUUAGGCCGUUUGUUGAUAAUCUUGAGGAUAUCGAGUUGAAGAAAUUGAUGGAUGGGUUUUUUGAUAAAUGUAAUGAGUUUGAAGAUUUAAGAGACGCUUUGAAAAAGUAUGAUAAUUUUGGGAAUUUGAAAUGUGAGGAAUUGAUUGAGGAUUGUGGAAAUUCUGAGAAUUUGAACUUUCAAGCUCUUGUUGAAGUUUGAAUUAUAGUUUCGUGUUUCGGUUUACUUGUUUUUUUUGUUUUUUUUUUUUUUCGUUUCGAGGUUUUUAUAGUGUUAAAGUGUCGUUUUUAAGAGUUUACUUGAAUGAUGUUCGAUAGUUAUAUCUGAGAGGAAUGAAAAAGUAGAAGUGUAAUUGGCGAUUACAUAUGUAAUAAAAAUGAUGAUAAUUUUGCAUA